CUAGUCUGUACUCUGUAGUCCCUCCCUCAGGCCUCUACUCAUGGGUAGUUCCACAAGAACAUUGAAGAUAGGAAUUAUAGGGUUUGGUACCUUCGCACAGUUCUUGGCAAAGACGAUGAUAAAACAAGGCCAUCUUAUAAGGGCGACAUCAAGAUCAGACUAUUCUGGGUUUCCGGGCGUCCAUUUCUUUAGGGACAUGGAAGAAUUUAUGGGAUUAGAGCAUGAUGUGAUUCUGAUAUGCACUUCAAUUGUAUCUGUAUCCCAAGUAGUGAAGUCUAUCCCGUUUCAUCGCCUUAAAAAACCACUUCUAUUUGCCGAUGUACUCUCCGUCAAAGAACACCCACGACAACUCCUGUUACAGGAAGUUCCUCACGACUCGGAUUUGGUGUGCACUCAUCCUAUGUUCGGACCAGAGAGUGGGAAAGACGGGUGGAAAGAUUUGCCGUUUAUGUAUGAAAAAGUACGAGUCAAGGAUGAAACUCUGUGUUCCUCUUUUCUUGCCAUUUUCGAGAAUGAGGGAUGCAAAAUGCUGGAAAUGAGUUGUGAAGAACAUGAUAGACUAGCUGCCCAAAGUCAAUUUCUUACACACACUAUAGGCAGGGUUUUAUCAGAAAUGGAAAUUUGGAACACACCGAUAGACACAAAGGGAUUUGAGAAGCUGAUUCAAGUGAAAGAAAGCAGUACGAGGGAUAGUUUUGAUCUGUAUAGUGGGCUGUUCAUACACAAUAGGUUUGCCAAACAGCAGCUGCAUAAUUUAGAAAGUGCACUUGAGAGAGUGAAGGAGACGCUAGAAGCAAGGAUAAACAACAAUUAGCAAAGAUGGACUAAUGGUUGUUGGUUUUCAAGAAAAUAACAUGAAAACUUCAUUUGUAUCAUUUACAAGACUUUAUUAUAGUCUUAAUAGCACUGUACUUUGUGCGAUGUUGACUUAAUAUCGCUGUUGUUAACUUAAACACAUUGUCACUUAAUAACAUUGUUCCUAAUAGCAUUGUUGUU